UUUCCGCAUGUAGUGUAAAAUUUUUUUUAAUUCCACCAUUCGAAAAUGUUUUGUCAGGUAAAAAUGCAAAGGAUUCUAAAAAGUUUUCUCUUAUGUAUUUGGAUAUUCCCUCCUCAGUAUUCUGAUGCAGUUGAUGAAGACCCGGUUUGGAGAUUCGACGAUGACGUAAAGAGUGACGUGAAAAAACAAGUCUCUACCCAUGGUGAUAUACAUUUUGAAGGAAUUUCAGCAUUUGUAAUUUUCCAAUAUAUCGGAAUCAUUUUUGCAAUUAUAUUAGCUCUGCAUUUAUUCUGGAAACUGCUUGAGAUGGCAUUUCCAGAACUAAAAUUUUGUUGUGCUGAAACAUCAUCAACAAUGAAUCAAAUUACUCAAGUCCCACCUGUUGGAAGAAAUGGAGGGAACGAGUAUCAAAAUAGUUCAUUCUUAGGUUCGCCUGAUCACAGAGAAGAGAUCAAUGCGUUUGACAAUCAUGUGUACCUCAGGGAAUCGAGUGAAGAUAAUACUGCAUCUGAAGAGAAUCCACCUUUGUAUGAAACGGUUGAAUGAAAAGACUGAAAGACUCGAUUGUAAGAAAGAAUUGAGAAAAAAAGUGCACGAAACACAAAACAUAGAUACAAAGAAUAUGAACUAAUUCAAAAACUGCCAUUUGUUCGAAUGAGGCAUAAUUUGCUGGUAAAAGAAUCGGGUUCUGUUAUAUAUUAUUGAAAUAAAUUUAAAUUUAUUUUUGGCUUUUUGUUUCAGUGUAUCACUGAGUGCAGUUUGCUUUAGAAGGUAGGACUAAUUGCAAUCAGAUUUGUAGCAGAUUAUCCAUUUAUGUAACGUUUGAUUCUGUAACAUUUUCAAUUGUAGCAAUGGGAAUAGCAGCGAAUGAGAUGCAAUAUGUCCUCAAAGAGAAGAAUAUAGUUAUUCAGUCUUGCAAUGACUUUAAUUUUAUGAACUACUUGUUCGCUGUUUCAAAGUGUAACACCAAGCACUUUCAUUUCAUAACUUAGAGUACUUUCAG